AUGGGCUAUGACAUGACCUCCCUGGUCCCAUCCGAUCAGGCCUUCUACGGCAUCAUCCCCAAAGCCGGGUUGACCCAGGUCGGCCGGGCCACCCUGCCGGUCACCUUCGGCACCCGCGACAACUACCGCACCGAGUACGUCAACUUCGAAGUGGCCGAGUUUGAGACCUCCUACCAUGCCAUCCUAGGAAGACCCUCCCUCGCUAAGUUCAUGGCGAUCCCCAACCACAUGUAUCUUCUCCUGAAGAUGCCAGCUCCAAAGGGGGACCUCUCGGUCUACGGAGAUCUGCAGACCUCCUACGCAUGUGACGCUAAGAACAUCGAGCUCUCCGACACCCUGGAACGAUCCAAAAACUCAGUUCUUGUUGCCCUGGCAGCAAAGAACCUCCCGGCGGAUCAGCAGUAG